CGCGGCGGCGAGUUUCUUCUCAUAUCGAUUCUCCACUAAGCGUAAGACCUCAAACUUACCGAUCUUCAUGUUGAGCUCGUGGGGAUAGGAAUCGGCGAUGGUUAGCUCUGUGGAAGCCAUCACUUUUUUAGUCAUGAGAUAGGCAGGCUUGAAUUCGCAGGUUCGGGGUUGUGGGAAUGAUUUUGAUUUUGAGUUCGAGGAAUUGGUAGCUUUUUUGAACUUCAUUUCUUUUCUUUUUGUGUUAAUGGAAGUCGGAGCUGUGAGCAAGGAAGAUAGGAGAAUGGGGCAAGCUUUACAAUGGCUGUUAAAUGAAGUGGAAUAUAUAAACUAAUAAAAGGCUUGAUUGCGUAUGCCCUUGCAGUGCCCUAAUGUCUAUUUUUCGAAUACAUUAUCAUAAAUUACAUAGGCAACAGGUAAAUUUUUAUUUGGGUGAAUUUGGGGAAAUUCCAAUGAUAAUCAAAGUGUGUAUUUUUUUUACACUAACUUCGUAGUGUGAGAAAUUUUUUGAAUUGAACUAGUGUAAGUGUAUAGAUACAGAACCAAUUAACUAGCCAUAUAAAUGUGCGUGUGUGUAAAUCGCUUGAACCAUUUUCUCUGUGUUGUCGUGUAAAAAUUACCAUCUACGGAGUAUAUUUUAUCCAAGCACAAGAAUACUAAUCAUAUAUUCAACUUUCUCACUUUGCUUUUGAAUUAUGUUUACGAGCUAUGGCGUUUUAUUAGCAAGAAUAGUCCAUCUAUAUAGGAAUAAUUACAUUUGAGGUCUUUAGUAAUUACUUAUAUUUACACAAUUACACAAUCACCAUACACUAGGAAUUAAGUUUUAUAAUUUCCUAAUUAUGGUUAAUUCACCCGAUAUUUGCAUUAGCAAAACUCUUCAUUUUUGUUACUCCAUAUCAUAAUUUGCUUAAUUUGUAAAAUGAUUAUAGGUGUUAAUAUAUAUAGCUUUUCACGCAGUAACAUUAUUUUAAACCUCUAUUUACAAAUUAGUUUUAUAGGUAUAAUUUUUUGUAUUGUCUCUGCAAUUUAAUGAACCAAUGAUCCCAAAACUGUGAUUUUAUCGAGUUAUAUUAUGAUCGUAUUUAUAUAUUGAUAUGAUAUUAUUUACUAAAUGAAUACUAUUAUCUUGUUUUCUUUUAAUAAAAAUGUAAUAUAACAUGUAAGGCAGUAUAAUGCAAAAAUUAUAUAGUCGAUGUAUCAAAUUUGUUAUAAGAAUGUAACAUCAGAAAUUUCGCUUUGGAUAGUCGAUGCCUUAUGGGCAUGAUGUAUGAUUCAGAAAAUAGUUUAUUGUUAUGAAAUAUUUUGGUUAUUAUAAUGCACACUUACAUAAUUGUUGGGCUUAUAGACUAUUAUAAUUAUAAUUAUAAUUAUUUAAUCCAUAUUAAUCUAAUUCUAGCCGAUAUGCUUUCACAUACUUCCUAUAUCAUGUAAAAUAGAUCAUUCGAAAACUAUCACAUAUUUUAAUAUAUAAUAUUAAUUAAAUGCCAAUCGAAUCUUGCUUAUCCUUUUUUUUAACUGAUUAUGUCAGAAAGUAGGUACGAAUAUUUUUCUUCAUAACCUUAGUCAAAUUCUGUUACAGUUUAAUCUAUUAAAUUAUGCAAUCCAAUCCAUUGGUUGAAUUUUUAAUAGGAAUUGAUUCCUAUCAAAAAGAAUUCGCCGUGGCUGGAAGGAGAUUUGGAUGUGAGAAAAAUAAAACACAACCUAGCGGAUACUAGGUUAAAAUUAGGGUUUCGAGAAACUGAAAAUUAGGGUUUCGAGAAACUGAAACUUUAUUUCAUAAUUCUCGAUAUCUGACUCUCUAAUGGAUCCUAUUAUUUAUAGGAUCGCAACCCUGCUUGAUUCGACUCUACGAUUCGGGAAAGAAUCAAGAAGAAAACCCGAAAAGAUUUAGUAAAACUAUCCUAAUAAAACCAAAUAUCCAAAAGGAAAUAAAGUACUGAAAUAAAGGAAAACAAAUAAAAACACAAUAUUGAUAUCUAUCUAUUCCAUGACGAAGUCUUUGAAACCAGCCGGUCGACCCGCGUUCCUCCUUGGACGAGACGUAGAUUCCUUUGAGUGCAGUCUUGACAGCUCGUCGCUCAGCUCGUCAUCUGCGUGCACGGGAUUUUCGUUGUCGCGUCCGUCACUUCCGUUCUCUUGCGCAGCUAUCUCCUCUCGGUCACCCUCGUCAGUGGCUUGAUCAAUGUCUUUAAUGGUUGCACUCUCCGAGCCCCUCUCAAUUUUCCUUAAAUUAAAAGGUUAAGAAAGGAAAGAUUUUAAUUAUGAUCAAUUACCUCAAUCACAUAAUUGACAUAAUAAGUUUCAUAGAAUAUAAUUAUUCUUUUCCCUUGUGCAAAACUUACCAUGUAUCUUGUGUUCUAGCCCCUAUUUAAGGGAACGAUAUUGUAUGGAAUAAUCAUCCUUUUCUACAAACAAUUUCCUAUGUCUUCUUCUGUACCAAUCAACAUGGUAUCAGAGCAGGACUCAGAAACAUAUCAUCAUCGUCCCUAACCUUUCUCAGCCCGAUAGCCAAAACCUGCAGAAAACCACCCAAUAAACCAUGUCAGAAGACGAUAGAACAGUGUUCUCAUCCCAGUCGGAUGAGAUCGCUCGGCAAAUCGCCGAAAUCAUGAGCAAAAGUUUUGCCAUGAUGAUGCCACCAACAACAAUCAAACCAGAAGAUACAAACAACCCACUAGAACCACCAAUAACCUACAAAAUCGAUAUUCAACAUCUCCACAUCGGAGGAAACAAAUUGAAUGGGGAGAAUUACUCCACGUGGGCCGUACUGAUGCAAACGGCGAUAAGUGGCAGGGGGAUGGUUUCUCACAUAAUUGGAGUGUCGCCCUCCCCGCCACGGACAGAUCCAACCUUCCCGCAAUGGCAGCAAGCCAACCAUUGCGUGUUUACAUGGCUCAUAUAUAACAUCGAACCACGGUUGGUCAAUCGGGUUUCGAAGCAACCUACGGCCAAACACAUCUGGGAUGCGUUGGCCGUCACGUACGGAAGCGGAGGAGACAAACUCCAGGUAUACGACCUGUACACGAGAGCAAGUAUGGUGAAACAGGGAAACCAGUCAUUGGAGGAAACUUGGAGUACCCUACAAGAUUUAUGGUUAUCAAUAGAUCAAAAACAAAUAACUCAGAUGAAGUGCCCCGAAGAUAUCAAGAUACACGAUCAAUUCAUCCAAGAACUGAGACUUUAUCAAUUCUUAAUUGCAAUUGACAGUAAGUAUGAAACUACCAAGAGGGAGAUAGUGAAGAUGGAGCCACUUUCCUCUGUGGAUCAAGCCUACAACCUGGUCCAGCGUGAGGAAACACGAUCUCAAGUGUUACAGCCCAACAACUCCAACAAUGGAGUUACUUCAGACGGUGUAGGCUCUGGACUCGCCGUUCGAGGAAGGCAGAAUCAGCCCACCGGCUGGGUGCCGAACGGAGGUCGCGGCGGCGGAGGCAGCGGCGGCGGAAUUGGAUGGAACCGGCGGAAUGAUGGCGAAAACAAAUCCAGACUGGUGUGCUCGUAUUGCAAGAAAAAAAACACACCAAAGAGUCGUGUUUCGAGUUAGUCGGCUACCCGGAUUGGUGGAUAGAAAAACACGGAAAACCGCCGAAUGCACCGCCGCCUGCUCGCACAACACAAUGUAACCGCGGCGGCCACGCUGCCGCUCCCGUCGGAGAACAGGAUCGUGCCGGAGAUGGAGGACGAUCUGCCACCACCGAGGGCAACCGAGAGGUUGCUCAAACUCGGGGCGGCGAUGGAGGAGGCACGCACAGAGCUUUUCAGCCGACGAAUCAGACCGGAGCGGCCAAUUUUGCCGGCGGGACCGUGAUUACAAACUGGACGGAAACGGAAUUGACCGAGAGUGAGAGAACGGCGGAACCAGGUAAGUUAGGAUUAGGGCUUGGGGAGGCUUUAUGUUUGGAUCCCCAAAUUCCCGAAAAAUCUUAUUAUCCACCACAUAUCUUACCAGAUUUGCAUAAAAGACCCCAUUUUUUGCAAGUUGACUCCUGUACUCCCUUUUCACCCAAAUUGAGCCCUCAAUUCCGAAAUAACUCCAAAAAUGCCCAAAUUUUGUGUGAAAAUCGAUUUCAGCCCUUAGAAAACCUUGGAACUGCAUGUAAAAUAUCUAAUGAUGUUGGGAAAAAUGAUCGAUGGAUAUUUGAUUGUGGUGCUACCGAUACAAUUACUUAUGAUGCUUCAAAUCUUAAGAAUAUCCACAAACCAAAGAAAACUUAUAUUCAGACUGCUAAUGGUGAAUUUACAACAGUUGAAGGGGCAGGAACUGUGAAGAUAUCGCCUACCCUGCAGUUAUCAAACUGUCUACAUAUUCCGUCUGUCUCAUAAACUCUUGUCUAUCAGCCAUGUUACAAAAGAGUUGAAUUGUACUUUACUAAUGCAACCACACUUUUGUCUGUUGCAGGAUAUCCAAACCGGGGAAAUAAUUGGACGUGGUACUGAACGCGGUGGGCUCUACUACAUAGACGAGAUAGCUAAAAAGGGGACUGUCAUGCUAACUCACGGGUCUGCAGAUCGGAAAGCUUGCCUUUGGCAUCGACGUUUGGGACAUCCCUCUAUUGCCUCAAUUAUACAGUGUCUUCUCUCUCCAAACCUUCGCCGGCACUCGGCAGCCAUCCUUCGACUCCGGAGGCAAUUACGGCCGCGCUGCUGUCGCCGAUUCUCUCGCUUUGUUGUGAACCACGUGAGUUAAAGAUAGCUUUAUUGUAUAAUUUUAUGCAUGCUGCUCUUCCAUGUAUCUGGCUAUACAUAAUACUUCUGCAUGGAUUGUUUGUUUGUGAUUUCAUGUAGGAAACAAGUGUUUGGUUUUAAAAGUUAAUUCCAUGUACAAAAAUUUCUCAA